AUGAGUGAAACUGAUAUAUUAACUGCGCAAUUUAUCUCUGCUUAUACAUAUCUUAAUAAACAUUCAAAUAUUAAGUUAUCUGAUGAGAUAAAAUUAAAGCUUUAUGGCACUUAUAAAGCUGCAACAAUUGGCAAUUGCAACACGCCAAAACCCUCCUUACUAGAUUUUAGAGGUAGAGCCAAAUGGGAUUCUUGGAACGAACUAGGUGACAUUUCAAAAGAGGAGGCAAAGCAACGUUAUACUGAUAUUUUAGAACAAGCAAAUGUUGGAUGGAGUAGAGAUCAUGUGGACAAUGAUGAAAAUUCGUCGGAUGCUGAUGACAGUGAUAAAAUAGACAAUGAAACGAUGGAUACUCCACGAGAUAGAUGGACAUAUGUUUCCACUUUUAAGGCCUUAUUAAGUAGCUUUAUGGUUAUUAAAGUUGCUUUGUCGACUCAUAUAUACUCCGAAAUUCUUGCUAUAUCAGGUGAUGAUAUGUUUUCAUACGUCAAGCAAGGUAAGUCUUCUGAAAUAAGUGGAAUAUUAGAAUCAGGAGAAGCUAACGUAAAUGCUAAGGACAACCAGGGAUUGUCACUCUUACAUUGGGCUUGUGAUCGAGGACAUUUGGAUGUCGUCAAAUUAUUGAUUGAAAAAGGUGCUGACAUAAACAUUUUGUCUGAUGGAAAUGAGACUCCCUUACAUUAUGCAUGUAUUUCUGAGCAUUUUGAUUGUGCAAGUUACUUGUAUAAAAAUGGCGCCAACAUUUUGCUUAAAGAUGAGGAUGGAUUAACAGCUUUUGAACAUUGUAGUAUUGAAUUUAAAAAUUCAAUUAUUCAAGAAUAG